AUGGAAAUCUAUCACGAGAGCGAUCAAGGAUUCUUCUGUGAUGUCAAGCCCCUAAUCACCACACAAUUAGUAGACCACCCUGAUCAUGAUCAUGAUCAUCAAAAUGAGAAAUCUUCAUCUCCACAUGAUAGGGCUAAACUUGAAAUCAACUUCACCCUCUUCGUAUACAACAAGUACUACGUCAACCUCUCCGAAGAAGACGAAACCCAAAGCAUUGCUAUCUGCCAGCAUGAAGAGCCCGCCAUAACAGCAACACAUACAAUUGAUGAUGUGCGCUCGUUAGACACUGAACUCGACGUCGUCAAGCUUUUUCUCUCGGAGCAACUGUACCAACUGAAAAUCGAGGACGACGAGUGGCACGAUUCAGUCGUGGAGGAUAUUAUAAAGGGCGGUCGUGAAAUUGGCAAGUCGGAUUCAAAAAAGGGGCCCAAAAUACUGCGUUUGAGGGUUGACAUGAAUAUAACCCAUAUCUUGGAGCUGUGUGAUAUAUGUUCGGAUAAAACAGUGCUCGCGAGGGAUGCAUUGCUCAAGAAGAUGCUAAAGAGGACAAGAGUGGUGGCUGAUGAUGAACAACAUCAUGAUGAUGAUGAUGAGGAGGAGGAGAAGGAGGAGGGUCGAGAAAGAAAACGACGCCGUGUUGUGCGUGAAAAUGAGCUUUGCCCUAUUUGCAUGGAAGAGUUUAUUGCGGGAUGGGAUGAGGUCACUUGCAUGCCUUGCUCGCAUCCGUUUCAUGAGAAAUGCAUAGGAGGAUGGAUUAGAGAGAAUCAACACAAUUGCCCCGUUUGCCGCUUCAAGUUACCUAUUGAACAUGGAUCACAAGGAAAAGUUGUGGUUGAUGAAUGUCCUAAUUGGUUGAUUUCUUCUGAUCAUGAGAAUGAGAAUAAAUAA